AUGGCCGACCUUCUCUACGACCUACUGGCGACGGCGCCAGCUCCCUCCCCCUCCUCCCCCUCAGAACCACAGACGCAACCGUCGUCGGGAUUCGGUCCGCCUGACCACGAUGCCCUCUCGUAUCUCGCGACGCUGGCAACACGGCCGCUGUCGUCGCUGCAGUCCGAAGAGCCCCUGAGGCUGGCCCAAUCGGCACACUCGCUGCAGCUGGCUCUCCAGGGCCUCGCGAAGAAGUCCUACCAGCCGGUGCUCGAGUCGGCGAAGCGCCAUGCUGCGCUGCGCACCGCCGUGCCCCAGCUUGCCGCCAGCACCGCCGAGCUUCGCAAGGCCAUCCCUUCGCUGGACGACGAGGCUCUGCGGUUCUCGACGACAUACCGCGCGGGGAAGACAACGGCAACAACUGGGGUCGCCGAGAGUGCUGCACACAAAACGGGGGCCAAGGGCAGCACCAAGGGCGCCAAGGGCGCCAAGGGCGACGUGCUCGCCCGUCGACGCCAGGCCCUCUUGCUGUCACGCAACGUCGAGCGGCUCGUCGAUGUGCUGGAACUGCCGCCGCUCCUGGCCUCGUCGGUGGCUGCUGUGCCGGUCAACUACGCGUCGGCCCUCGACCUCAACGGCCACAUCCGCCGCCUGCACGCCCUCUUCCCCGACUCGCCGCUGGUCCGGUCUGUCGCGAGCGAGGCCGACGAGUCCAUGCGGGCGACGGCCGCGAGCCUGGUCCUGUCCCUCAAAGCGCCGGGUCUGAAGCUCGCGGCGUCGCUGCGGACCAUCAGCUGGCUGCGCCGCGUGCUGCCCGACCUCGAAGCGGCGGCCGCCGCCGUCACAUCCGAGUCUACGCAGGCAUUGGCGCAGUCCGUGGCACAUUCAGCGGCGCCAGGCCCGGGCGCCGCCGCGCGCUCGCACCACGACGCGGCGGCACAAGAACGGGCCCUCGGCGCCGUGUUCCUCGUGUGCCGGCUCGCCACGCUCACGACCACGCUGGACGCGCUGGCGCCGUUGCGCGAGCUGGCCGACCAGGAACAGGCACGGCAAAAGACGAUUGGCUCGGCGAAUGCCUGGUCGGGCGGCCAGCAGACGGAGCGGUACCUCAAGCGCUACAUUGAGAUUUUCCGCGAGCAGAGCUUUGCCAUUGUGUCCAUGUUCCGGAGCGUGUUUCCGACAGCCACAGCCUCCGGGACACCAUCAACAAGAGAGGAGGACGGGGAUGCAGAUGGCACCAGUCGUGGCAGCAACAGCACAAUCAAUGGCAAGAUGCAAAGGACGAGCGAGCACAAUGGGGACCACGGCAGCCACGGCGACCCUCUCGAAACACCCGAUCCCCUCGAGGCAGUACCGCCCGCCCUCGCGACGUUCCCCUUGCACCUCGUCGACAUGCUGCUCGAGACCCUGCGGCAGUACCUCCCCGCCGUGCGCGACCAGGCGUCGCGCGACAGCCUGCUGACUCAGGUCCUGUACUGCGCGGGCAGCCUAGGCCGCCUGGGCGGCGACUUUGGCCUCUUUUUGGCCACGCUCGAUGUGGGCGACGACGCCGAGGCUGAGUGGGUGGAGGUGGUGCGCCGGCACAGGCAGCUCGCUGGGCGGCUGGAGUCGAUUGUUGGCGAUCCUCGCGAGAAGCGGUGA